GGAGGUAAGAGUGUUGUAAAUAUACGCUUAGUACUGAGGCCAAUCCGCGAAACAGUGGUGGGGGAGGCUGUUCUAGGAGAAGUGGUUGUCGUGGUGGAACUCCCUGCUCCGGGCUGGUGGUAGGGUCCGGAGCUCCUGCUACAACGGAGCGGAGUUACAUUGUAGCAGACGGUAUCGGAGUGGGAACUGGUGCGGGGUUCCUCCUCCCUGAACAACGGGAUUGGGAGGCAAUGCCAUGAGGAGUACCAGGGCGGUUCGUCUCGCUGCUCUGACCUGCCUGGGAUCCUUCUUCCUCCUCGUCCUUUAUUUCCAAGGCACUCUCAGCCCAGUUGCUGGUCGGCUGGUUCCUAAAGAGUCUGGUGGAAAGGGCAAGAGCAAUGGAGCCCAUCAGCGCUACAACCUCGGGAAGAAGUUUGUCCGUUCCGAUGCCCAGCAGAUACACGAGCGUCGCCGUGCCAUGUUGAACAAGAACUGCGCUGCCCACAAUAAGCUGAGCCGUAAACGGAGGAUCCUGAACGCUGGCGACCUGCGACACCUCAUCGUUGAUGACCAGCAUGGGCUGCUGUACUGCUAUGUGCCGAAGGUGGCAUGUACCAACUGGAAGAGGGUGAUGAUGGUACUGACCGGGAGUGGCAAGUACACUGACCCCUUGACCAUCCCGGCCAGUGAGGCUCACGUGGCCUCGAACCUGCGCACUCUGGACAGCUACGGCACUGCCGAAAUCAACUACCGGCUGAGGAACUACCUCAAGUUCAUCUUUGUCCGCGAGCCCUUCGAGCGCCUGCUCUCUGCCUAUCGGAACAAGUUUACUCGCAGGUACAACACGGCCUUCCACAAACGCUACGGGACGAAGAUCAUCCGAGAGCACCGGCAUAACCCCAGCGCCGAGGCUCUGAGGCGGGGCGCUGACGUCACCUUCCAGGAGUUUGUGUGGUACCUGGUGGACCCCAAGACUAGGAGGGAGGAGCCCUUCAAUGAGCACUGGGAGACCGUUUACUCCCUGUGCCAUCCCUGUCUGAUCCACUAUGAUGUGGUGGGCCACUAUGAGACCCUGCUCCAAGACGCCCGUUACCUCCUGGACCUGAUCGAAUCUGACCUUCGCAUCACAUUCCCCUCGUCCAAUGUGUCGUCACGGACCACCAAUGACCUGACAGCCACCUUCUUCAAGAAGAUCUCGCCGUUUUACCAGAGGCGGUUGUAUAAGUUAUACAAACUGGACUUCACCCUCUUUAACUACUCUGUCCCCUCCUACCUGAGCCUACACUGACCCAGCGGGGGUCCCUCCUGUUGCCACAGUGGGCUUCAGGGAUUCGCAGCUUAAACCGAGGCAUGACGAAAGACCCUUCGGCCUAUCGUCCGAGGAGCGGUCACCGUACCGGAAAUGUUAACUUCUGAUUAAUUUUUUUUCCUUCACAGAUGGUGCCAGAACUGAGUUUUUCCAGCAACAUCUGUAUUUGUUCCAGCAUCCGCAGUUCUUUCGGUUUUUCUCCGGCCCGUCAUGUCCGCCAGUGAUACUCCUGCCAUCCAGCCUUGUGUUCAAAAAUGUCUCAAAUGCUCAGAUGAAUAGUUUUUUUUAAAAAAAUUCAUUCACGGGGUGAGGGCCUCUCUGACCAGGCAGCAUUUAUUGCCUAGAGGAGUAGUUAAGAGGCAGCCAUAUUGGUGUGGGUCUGGAGUCACAUGUAGGCCAGACCAGGUAAGGAUGGCAGUUUCCUUCCCUAAAGGACAUUAGUGAACCAGAUGGGGGUUUCCAACAAUUAACAGUCAUUUUUGGACUCUUAAUUCCAGAUUUUUUUUUUUGAAUUCAGAUUCCACCAUCUGCGGUGACGGGAUUUGAACCCGGGUCCUGGAACGUUAGCUGGGUCUCUGAGUUAACAGUCCAGCGAUAACACCACUGGCACUGCAGACCUUGACAGACUCACAGCCCAUUGGCUUGGUGAUUCUAUGAGGUGUGACCUCCUCCUGAGUGGUGAAUGGAUGCCCCUCAGGGGAGGGGACUGUGUUCCCCGGUCACAUGUUAGGCCGGACAGCUAAAAAAACAGCCCCCAACCACUCAGCCUUUCUUCCACAACCUUGUCAUUUAUUCCUCUCCAAACACGUCCAAUCCCACAGGAAUAAAAACACAAGAACUAGGAGCAGGAGGAGGCCAUUCAGCCCCUCAGGCAAUCAAUGCUGGCCAAGCCACGCACUCAUCCUGUGACCAGUGUAAAUAACAGUGAGAUACUGUGACUAAGAUGGAGUUACUAAACCUCAGUGCUGUGUGUAAUAGAAGAUCACCAGGGCUAAGAAAAGGAGGAGGCCAUUCAGCCCCUUCAGCCUGCUGUGCCAUUCAAUACCAUCAUGGGUGAUCUCAUCUCACCACAACUCCUGUUUCCUGCCCACUCUCCAUAACCUUUCACCCCAUCACUGAUUAAACAUCUGUCUAUCUCCUCCUUAAAUUUCCUCAAAGUCCCAGCAUCCACCACGCUGUGAGGGCGUCAGUUGCACAGAUUCAUGGCCCUUUGAGAGAAGCCAUUCCUCCCCAUCUCUGUUUUAUACCAGUUACCCCCUAAUCCUAAAGCCAAAACCUCUCGUCCGAGAUUGCCCCACACGAGGGAACAUCCUUUCUACGUUUACUUUGUCAUUCCCCUUUAGCAUCUUAUGGGCCUCAAUGGGAUUUCCUCUCGAUCUUCUAAACCCCAGAGAGUAUGGGCCUAAACUGCUCAAUGUCUCCUCAUCGGGCAAACCCCUCAUCCCUGGAAUCGAUCUGUGAACGUCCCCUGAGCUGCCUCCCAACACAACUGCACCCCUCUCCGGGGAAGGGGACCACCACGGUACUUAAUACUCCGGGGUGUGGCCUCACUAAUACUUUGUACAACUGCAGCAACACAUCCCCUACUUUUAGACUGUGUUUCUUUAGCAGCAAAUGCUGAAAUUCCGUUUGCCUUCCAUAUUACCUGAUCUAUCUGCAGAUAGAAUGGGAGGUUGGUUGGCUGGAUGGCUAGUUUGUGAUGCAGGGCCUCACCAACAGUUCGGGUUGAAUUCCCGCACCAGCUGAGAUCACCAUGAAAGGCUCUCCAUCUCCAGCUGCCCCCACGCCUUAGGCGUUGUGACCCUCCAGGUUAACCCCACCCUCAUCGUGUGUCUGUCUUUCUGAGGGAGCACUCUAUGGUCUGGCACGGUCGCGGUGACUUGACCUUUCUGUAUAAACUAGAGUGGAGGACUUGUGAGCAGGAGGAGGUCACUCAGCCCUUCCACCCUGCUGUACUGUCCCGUUAAGAUCCUGGUCCUGGCUUCUGGCCACAUUCCACUUCCCUGUCUGCCGCCUCCCCACCCCCACCCAUAAUGAUUGGCUGCUUUCUCGAUCAAAAGUCUCACCUGGCCGUCAAUAAAAGACCCAGUUUCAGGGAAGAGAAAUUCACCCUUCAGUGGUCCUUGGCAACAGAUAAAUUCUCCUCAUUCAUCUGAAAGAGGAUCCCUCUUAUUCUUCAGUAGGGAAACUCAGAAGGGGACUGUGGCCCCCUCGAGAUUCUAAUCUCUUCCAGGUUUCUUGAGGGAUCUGAUUAAACGUUGUGUCCCAAUCAGCCUCGCUGUGUGAAGUUGUCGUUUUGCCAGUUAUUUGAACACUGACUUUUGUUGACCAGGUCGCUUUGCCACAGGAGGCAGUCUCACGUUAUUUAUUCGAUCAGAACGCCCUCUCUAUUGCCCUGACUAAAACCUUUCAUCAAGUGCAAUCCCAGCUCCUCCAGCCUGUCCGCCUUCACUGAUCUUUCUCAUCGCCCUCCCCGUCACUGUCCCCCAGACCCUGACGCCCUCCAGAAACAGCAGGUUACCACCAAGUCUCCAAAUUGAGGCCUCACCAGAAAUUUGUCAAGUUUUACUGGGAGCCUCCUAACUCUGUUCUUCUUUUCAAAAUAUCUGAUACCCCCUUUCUCUCCCUGCGCCCCCCAAUCCCAGAGACAUCAGGCUCUGUGUUUCUUAACCCCCUCCUGCCACUUGCUCUGCUCUGUUCAGAGCUUUCCCAAUUCCUUUCUCCACGCAGUUAACUUUCCAGCCAUUCACAUGUUGCUCUGGGAAGGCUGGUGGAAACAUCCGGAAGGCUGCCCCUCUUGGCGACCGUCCGGAGUUUCCUGGCUGGAAAUUGAUGGACUUUUUCUCUCGGGUGAGGCCGAGGUAAACGGGCCAAUGGAGAUGAGGUACAGAUCAGCCACGAUCUGAUGGAUAGAUGAGUAUGUUUUGAGGGGUUGAAUGGCCGCCUCCUUUUCCUAAGAUGCCAGGCAAAGCCCAUACAGAAGAGGCAAGCGAAUGACAACAGAGCCUUUUGCUUGGAUGUGUAGGAAAGGUCGGAACCCCCCAAACUAGAGAAACGUUCAACUGUUAGGCUCCCUGUUUGCUGUCUCCUGUGGGUACUCGGUUUCUGGGGCCUGUGGGGCUGGAUCCCACGGUUGAUUGGCUGCCGAGUUCAUUGACUGCUCCAUUUAUAGAACAUAGAACAGUACAGCACAGAACAGGCCCUUCAGCCCACGAUGUUGUGCCGACCAUUGAUCCUCAUGUAUGCACCCUCAAAUUUCUGUGACCAUAUGCAUGUCCAGCAGUCUCUUAAAUGACCCCAAUGACCUUGCUUCCACAACUGCUGCUGGCAACGCAUUCCAUGCUCUCACAACUCUCUGUGUAAAGAACCUGCCUCUGACAUCCCCUCGAUACUUUCCACCAACCAGCUUAAAACUAUGACCCCUCGUGUUAGCCAUUUCUGCCUGGGAAAUAGUCUCUGGCUAUCAACUCUAUCUAUGCCUCUCAUUAUCUUGUAUACCUCAAUUAGGUCCCCUCUCCUCCUCCUUUUCUCCAAAGGGUCCUGGGUUCCCGGGGUGCGCAUAGCUGGUCCUCCAGGGUGCUGUGUCCCCUGGGUGCUGAGGCUAGCUGUCCCAGGGGUUUCUCUGGCUGUGUUCUCUGACAGCAUAGACGUUGCCCCUCAUUCUCUGCUUCUCCGUCUCACCCAGGGACCGAGACCAUGCCGUGGCCAGCUGGAGGGUAUUUGCAAGCGCGGCACAGUUUGGCACAGUGAGUGGUUUUCCAUUGGUAUCCUAUGAGUGGAACUUGCUGUGUGUGGGUGUGAUUCUGUGACAGCCAUCCCCCUGACUAGAUAAAGGCAGACCCCAUACACCCCGGGGUGGAGGUGGUGGGGUGGGGGGAUUUAGGUUACAGCGGAGAUAGUUUGAAGUUUACAAGCUGUGAUUCCACUUUGAUGAACUUUUAUUUAUUUAAAUCCUGAGAAGGACUAAACAGAUUUCCCCCUCUAACCAAUCUUCCCCGCACCCCACCAAAUUUUGUUUCAUUUCCAGGACCAGAGGAUCAGCUUUCCGUGUCUGCAUGGACCCUUGUUUCAGUGAAUAACUUUCAUGGCGGGGUGGGGAGGUGGUGAAUUGAAUUAAGCCCACACACCAGGUCAUCAAUCCUUAGUAUCUGAGGAUUAACUCGGUUAAUGUUCUGUAUUAGUUCGUUAAAAAUCUCGUUUUGGUUCAUCAAUAUUACUCGGUGCACACUUCCUUUAACCCCCUAGUAACAGCUGGUUAAGUUGGUUAGUCCUUAGUGAUAGCUCGUUAAAUUGGUCGAUAUCCAGGUCACGGUGAAAGCUGUAACUGGACUCUACUAAAAUGGGAACGAAUCUAAAAUAUACAAAAAAACGAGCUGAAACAAAGGCUGUGAGUAGUGGAAACUUUGUUUCUAAAUAAAAGCAUUUUGUAAGUGA